AUGGAUCCAGCAUUACUAUCCAAUAUAGCAUUAGCUUUUCGUGCCACUGUAAACCUGGGUACCCACGUAAAAGGUGCUUUGGAGUACCCAGAAAGUUUUACUGGUAUAGAUGCUGUGAAUACAAUUUAUUCUCUCUUACCAUGUGAUAUUCCACGUCGCGUGGCUUUGUCUAUGGCCCGUUCAUUAGAAGCACAACUCUACUUCCAUUCGAUAAAUUGGGCAACAAUUUCUGUUAUUAAUGAUAAUAAAGACGAGGUUUACGCAUUCCUUAACCCUGACCCCGGAUCACAGACGUUAUGGGAAUGGGAUGAAGAUUUUCCCACCGGUGUAUUUCCCGCCGUUUCGAAGUGCUAUAGUCCACGUUGUGGUAUUGAUGGUAAAGGAUGUUAUUCCAGGACUUGUUCGAACUAUGUUCCUGGCGUGAAUGAAAUUAAACCUGACCCUUCGCUUAUUCCAAGCACACCGGUUGAUCUAGUUGCAGGUCCCACUGAUUCACAGGUUCAAGCGGCAUCGCAGGAGCAACGUACUUGGAUAAGCUCCGUUCCGAAAGAAAUAUUGGAUAGCGUCUCCAAAGAUGAGAAGAAACGUCAAGAGAUUAUAUUCGAAACUAUAUAUACGGAAGAUGAUUAUGUAAAGGAUUUAGAUCUUUUAGAUACGUUAUAUGUUCAAGGGCUUCGUUCAUCCCCAACUCCCAUAAUUCCACCGCCUGAUCUUGAUAAUUUCAUUCAAGACGUUUUUUAUAACGUUUUCGAAAUCAGGAAACACAACAAAGUCAUGCUAGGACGUUUGCAAAAACUGCAGAAAGAAAAUUAUGUAGUAAACAAUAUCGGUGAAAUAUUUUUAGAAUGUGCACUCGAGUUUGGAAAUGAUUACGUAACAUAUAAUGGGAAUUUUCCUCAUGCUGAUAAUACCAUAAAAAUCGAGAAAGCGAGAAAUCCAGAAUUUAAACGUUUUUUGGAGCAAUGUACACGAAAACCUGAAGCACGUAAACUUGAUUUCCGUCACUUUGUUCAAAGACCGACACAACGUUUACAACGGUACACAUUGCUACUUGAACAGAUUAUUAAAUACACGGCAGAUGAUAAUCAUGAUAAAAAAGUUUUGGAAAAUGCUUUGCAAAAAAUUCGAGAAUUAUGUAGGGAAAGUGAUAAUAGAGUUCACGAAGCUGAAAAACGAUUGAGAAUAGUAGAACUGGAACGGAAACUAGUGAAAAAGAACAACGAUCGAUGUCCUGAGCUUAAGCUUUCGGAUCCAAAUCGACAAUUGAUAUUUAAGGGAGAAUUACAAAAGAAGGCAGACUUAGGUCUCGAAUGGCUGGACCUAUAUGUUUUUCUUUUUGAUCAUUAUUUGGUGAUGACAAAACCAAAGAAAGGUGCUGAUGGAGAACCGAUUCCUUUAGAUAUGCUUAUUGUAGAUUCGGGUUCAGAUAUUGUUCAACCCAAUAAAUCCACAUUUUUCCCUAACCUUGGUAGCGCGCUUGACAAUCGAAAAAGAACAAAUAGUAUGGGUCAAAAUUCACCCGCCACGCCUCUCGUUGCUGUUACCGAUCUUGAAGCACCCGAAAAUCUUUUAAGUCGACCGAGUUUACACUCUUUCACAAUCCUUCAUAUCGGUCGUAACGGGGGAACCUACCAGUUAUUUGCAGAUUCUGCUAAUACUCGUAGAAUGUGGAAGGAUAAGAUUGCGGAGGCACAAACUAAGCUUCAAUUAAGUAAGGCAAGUCAGCAAGUAUUUGAAUUAUUUACAUUGAACGAUGCGACAUUCGGGACAGCUUCAAUUGCGACUCCUGGAGGAUCACAUUCAACGAAUGCAUCAAAAGUCAAAGUAACUUGCUCCGUCCCUUUUGUUACCCCCGAAAAGCGUAACAUGGUUGCUAUUGGAACGGAAGAUGGUGUAUGGAUGGGAUUUGGAGGAGAAACCAAGACAUUUCGUCCAGUUUUGACGGGUAUCGGUAAUGUGAUGCAAAUGGCGGUGCUUGAAGAGUUUGGAAUUUUUGUUGUAUUAGUUGACAAAGCGCUAUGGGCUUAUUCAUUAGAAUCGUUGAUUCCAUCAUCCACAAGCACCAAUACAUCUGGCCGAACUCAGACUCGUCAAAGAUUAGCUAGCAGUAACAUUCAAUAUUUCAAUGUUGGCACUAUUAGAGACCGUACUUUCCUUGUUUUCAUGAAAAAGAAAGGACUAGAAAGUCAUUUUAAGGUUUUAGAACCCAUUGGAACAACCGGUCAACAAUCUUAUUCAGUAAAUUUCUUGAGGUCAAGGUUAUGUGUCACUUGUACGCGCGGUUUUGAAAUCGUUAAUUUAGAGUCGCUUCAAAAUGGAACAAUACCAGACCUUUCUCAUCCACAAUUCUCAAAUAUCGCACGAAGAUGUGACAAUUCCAAACCUCUGGGGAUGUUUAGAUUAGAUGAAAGUUACUCUAAUGAAUUCCUGUUGUGUUACGACGAAAUAUUCUUUUAUGUUGAUAAACAUGGCGAAUUAUCACGGACUACGGUAGUGCCAUGGGAAGGCAAGCCCGAAGCAGUUGCGUUACAAUUACCUUAUGUCAUCGGCUUUAAUCCUUUAUUCAUUGAAAUUCGGGACGUGCAUAAUGGAGAAUUAUGUCAAGUCAUUCCAGGCAAAAAUCUGCGAUGCUUGAAUGAUAAUUCUUCGGGUAGGAAUGCAAUACAUGCAGUGAUGCAACAUCCUUUUAACGACACACAAUACGUUUUUCAACUAGUAUUGGCUCAAAUAAGAAGAAACGAUAGUAUGAAAGGGACGCAUCGCUGA